CGCGCUGGCUGAUAAGCACAGGCGGUUGAUCACGAUGAAAUUAUUUUUUUUAGUUGCACGACAGAUAUCGUACAUUCCUCACGUGCCCGAGCGGUUUAAUAUAAUCUUCUUCAUUUGCAAGUUGUAACGAAAAUGAAUAGUGUGGAAUUGGCCAAUAAUAGAAGAAUGGCACGGCAGAAUGGGAUCGUCCAACCUUUACUUACUGAUCUGUACCAAAUCACUAUGGCUUACGCUUACUGGAAGUCCAACAAAGUAAAUGAUGUGGCAGUGUUUGAUUUAUUUUUCCGCACUAAUCCAUUCCAAGGAGAAUUCACCAUAUUUGCUGGACUUGACGAGUGUCUCAAGUUUAUGGACAAUUUCCAUUAUUCUGACAGUGAUAUUGAAUAUUUGAUGGCAACUCUUCCUGAGAAUAUUGAGCCAGAAUUUUUUGCAUAUUUGAGGGAUUUAACAUGCAAGGAUAUCAAGUUGAGUGCCAUUGACGAAGGAUCAGUAGUAUUCCCAAGAGUGCCUCUGUUAAGAGUUGAAGGACCUCUAAUUAUUGCCCAGUUGUUGGAGACGACCUUAUUAACCCUGGUUAACUUUGCAAGCUUGAUGGCAACAAACGCCGCUCGAUAUCGGAUGGUUGCUGGGAAAAACGUUUCUUUAUUGGAAUUCGGACUAAGAAGAGCGCAAGGCCCUGAUGGAGGUCUUUCCGCUUCCAAAUAUGCUUAUAUCGGUGGUUUUGACGGUACCAGCAACGUGCUGGCUGGCAAGAUGUUCAACAUCCCCGUGAAAGGGACGCACGCCCACUCAUUCGUGACGUCAUUCAGCGCUCUGUCCGAGGUCACGUCAGUAGUGCUGCGACACGCAGACUCAGACAAACAGUGCAAUCUGUUAGAUCUCGCCACGGAAUGGCGCAAACGGAUCUCACCGAUCAUGGACGUGUCCACAGAAGAGGCGAGCGACGGUGAACUAGCCGCCCUCAUAUCCUAUGCCCUUGCCUUUCCAUCAGGAUUUCUGGCUUUAGUGGAUACGUAUGAUGUCAAGAGGUAUAACUUUCAAGGCUUACCGUCACGACACAGGCAGCAUAUGAAUGGGCAUUCUGGCUACAAUAGCAACUGUGGAUCCAAUGAUUCUAGAAUACAAAACUCACAUAGUACAUAUGGAUAUAGCACGGUCGAACGCACACUGAGGAGUGGUCUCCUAAACUUUUGUGCCGUGGCACUAGCGCUAAACGAUUGCGGGUACCGCGCGGUCGGUAUCCGCAUAGACAGCGGGGACUUGGCAUACCUAUCCGUGCUGGCCCGGGACACGUUUGCCAAAGUCGGCGAAACGCUCAAGUUGCCAUGGUUCUCCAAGCUGACUAUCGUGGCGUCUAACGAUAUAAACGAGGAUACUAUACUGAGUCUGAAUGAGCAAGGUCACAAAAUCGACUGCUUCGGCAUUGGAACGCAUUUGGUGACUUGUCAACGCCAGCCCGCUCUCGGGUGCGUGUACAAGCUAGUGGAAAUCAAUGGGCAGCCAAGAAUCAAGCUGAGUCAAGAUGUAGGCAAAGUUACUAUUCCGGGUCACAAAGAGGCUUACAGACUGUUCGGAGCCGACGGGCACGCCCUCAUUGACCUUCUCCAACGUUCCUCGGAGCCCCCGCCCGCUGUCGGCCAGAAGGUGCUCUGCCGGCACCCCUUCCAAGAGUCCAAGCGGGCCUACGUCAUACCAAGCAAAGUGGAACACCUUUAUAAGGUGUGCUGGAAGGACGGCCGCAUCUGCCACCCGCUGAAGCCACUGUCGGAGGUGCGCCAACGCGUGCAGUCGUCUCUGCGCACGCUUAGACAGGACAUCAAGCGGAACUUGAACCCCACGCCGUACAAGGUGGCGGUGAGCGACGACCUCUACAACUUCAUCCACGACCUGUGGCUCCAGAACGCGCCGAUCGGGGAGCUCUCCUGAAACUAGCACUUCUUCCCACUCACAAUCACCAAUGUUGCAUGUUUUCUUUCCUAAAAUUACCCAUUCGGUAAGCUAUCUUUGCUUGAUUAUUCGUGCGGCCAUUAGAGCACUAGUAAAAAAAAUUAACCCCUCAACUCAUAUCGUCGCGACAUCUGUAGCUUACCACCAGUGGCCUAUGUCACAACAAU